GCAUUGACAGUCUGCGGCUAAUUUUGGAUAACAGAUUGAGGAAAAUGCUCAAUAUUUAACGCUAACAUUUAUUUUUCCCAUCAGGGAUGAAAGGCUGACCUCCUGGAGCAGAUGAGCUUUUUUUCGGUUGUCAUUGGAAAGGAAGAGUGAAGAAUGGAAACUCUGAUUCCCACCAUCAACCGCCUGCAGGAGGUCUUUCUCACAGUGGGUGCAGAGGUCAUACAGCUCCCUCAGAUAGUCGUGGUUGGAUCUCAGAGCAGUGGAAAGAGCUCCGUGUUGGAGAGUCUGGUUGGGCGAGAUUUCUUGCCUCGGGGAUCAGGAAUAGUCACAAGACGACCUCUGGUGUUGCAGCUUGUCAAUGUUGCUCCUCUGCAGGACAGACUGAAGCUGGAGAACGGGAAUGGGGUAAAACAAAAUGCCCAAAACAGCCACCCAGGUGUCAAAGCUGAAGAAUGGGGUACGUUCCUGCACUGCAAGAACCAGAUCUUCACAGAUUUUAAGGAUAUCCGACAGGAGAUUGAAGCUGAGACUGAUCGCACUUCAGGCGAAAACAAGGGAAUCAGUCCUGAACCAAUAUAUUUAAAGAUUUUCUCACCCAAAGUCCUCAAUCUCACUCUGGUUGACUUACCUGGAAUUACAAAGGUUCCCGUUGGAGACCAGCCAGAGGACAUCGAGGCUCAAGUGCAGGAGAUGAUCUUGUCCUUCAUCUCCAAUCCAAACUCCCUCAUCCUCGCCGUGUCCCCUGCCAACUCUGACUUGGCCACGUCCGACGCACUGAAAUUGGCUCGAGAGGUCGAUCCAGAUGGGCGUCGCACGCUGCUGGUGGUCAGUAAGCUGGAUCUCAUGGACGCCGGCACCGACGCGCUGGAGGUUCUUCUGGGUCGCGUCAUUCCAGUCAGGCUGGGGAUUAUCGGCGUGGUCAAUAGGAGCCAGCAUGACAUCAAUACCCAGAAGAGCCUGGAGGACACGAUGCGGGACGAGCAGGCCUUCCUCCAGCGGUACUACCCGUCGCUGGCGUCCCGCGCCGGCUCGCGCUACCUGGCCAAGACCCUCAGCCGACUGCUCAUGCACCACAUCCGGGACUGCCUGCCGGACCUCAAGACCAGGGUGACGGUGCUGAGCGCGCAGUACCAGGCGCGGCUCAACAGCUACGGUCAGCCGGUGGAGGACCACAGCGCCACCCUGCUGCAGAUCGUCACCAAGUUCGCCAGCGAUUACUGCAACACCAUCGAGGGAACGGCCAGGCACAUCCAGACCUCAGAGCUCUGCGGAGGCGCUCGGAUCUGUUACAUAUUCCAUGAGACCUUCGGCCGCACUUUGCAGUCCAUCGACCCCCUGGGAGGACUGAGCGAUCUGGAUAUUCUCACUGCCAUCCGCAACGCCACGGGUCCGCGGCCGGCGCUUUUCGUGCCCGAGGUGUCCUUUGAGUUGCUGGUGAAGCGGCAAAUUAAGCGUCUGGAGGAGCCGAGCCUCCGCUGCGUGGAGCUGGUUCAUGAAGAGCUGCAGAGGAUCAUCCAGCACUGCUCCUCCUUCAGCACGCAGGAGCUGCUGCGAUUCCCCAAACUGCACGAUUCCAUUGUGGAAGUCGUGACUGGAUUAUUGAGGAAGCGCUUGCCGAUUACUAAUGAAAUGGUACACAAUUUAGUAGCGAUUGAGCUUGCCUACAUCAACACCAAACAUCCUGACUUCACAGAUGCGGCGCAGGUCUCAGCGUCCGUCAACAGUCAGCAGGCCGAGGCCGUCGACGGGGGGAAGCGCUGGAAGAACGAGAAGGUCGCGGACGAGAAAGUCGCAGGCUUUGGCAGCCCCAGCAAAGGCCAGGCCAUUAACCUCCUCGACACGGCCGUCCCCGUCGCUCGCAAGCUGAGCGCCAGAGAGCAGAGGGACUGCGAGGUCAUUCAGCGGCUCAUCAAGUGCUACUUCCUCAUUGUCCGCAAGAGCAUCCAGGACAGUGUGCCCAAGACGGUCAUGCACUUCCUGGUGAACUUCGUGAAGGAGCAUCUGCAGAGUGAGCUGGUGGGUCAGCUCUACAAGCAGAAGCUGCUGCAGGAGCUGCUCAUUGAGUCCCAGGACACGGCGCAGCAGCGGACCGAGGUUGCUCAAAUGCUGGAGGCUCUCAAAAAAGCCAACAACAUCAUCUCUGAGAUCCGGGAGACCCAUCUGUGGUAGCCAGAGGACACAAACCGUUUUACUCGUCAGACGACAGCUUUUAGAGUACGAGAGUGUGUGUGUGUUUACAGCAGAGAAAAUGUAUGUGAGCGAGUGUGUGGUGUGCGUGUGUGUGUGUGUGUGUGUCGUUGUGUGGCAGUACCAAUGUUUUCUCGAGGACCAAUGACUAUAGCACAUGUCGAUCGACUUUUCCUCUCUAGCUGCUGUCCUGAACAGCAGCUGGGUUUUUUUUUUUUUCUGAUUUUGUUGUUUUUUCCACUGUGAACGUCAAGAGCGUGAAUAAUCAAAGACUCAGGCCAAAUGUGUGGUUUUUUUUUUGUAAAUGUGAAAAAGCCGUGAACAAAUAAUUUUUGAGUUAUUGCAUUGUGUGAAUUUUCUUUCCAUGUCUUUUUACCAUUGUUGGGCUAAAUGUGAACUGUAUACGGUCUGUGGCGUAUUUAAGUUGUUCUCCAGGGUGUUUUGUUUUUGUCUUUUGUUUUUUUUUUUCACACUGUACAAUUUUGCACUUUCCAAAACCUGGCUUGCCUCUGAGCCUCUUCAGCAGGUGCUAAAAGUGCGUAAGAUUCCAUUUUGUCAGUCUGAGUUCUCACCAGAGAUGGAAACAGAAGCAAACUCCCCACUCCGCCAAUCCUCACUGCAGAGCAACGCUUGAGAUACGCUGCAGUCAUUUCCAGACAUUAAAGAACGACUGCAGACUGUUUUUCCAGCUUUAUAUUGAUAAUCGAUAUUAAGUUUAUUUUUCAGGCUCACAUUUACAUAUCAGCCCAUUUUUGCUGUUGUGUAGCCGUUGGCGAGAGGGUUAAACAUUUCCCUCUUGUGAGAAUUUUUGAGAAAAAGAAGAAAAAAACCCUCCCUAUUUGGGUUGAACUGCAGUAGUUUGCAGUACAUGCGUUUCAGUUUCUUCGUGGAUCCUGAUCAUUGAAAUGUUUUCAAGAAGAGAGAACAUUGCAAGAGUAGUUUUUAUAUUUUGCUUGGUUGGACCUAAAAUUUCCGCAGCUUCUUUUCACUUCCCAGAACAAUUAUCAUCUCAUUCCACUGUUCGUGGCACAGGCACAUAAAAUCAACUCCCCUCGCCACUCAUGCAGAUAAACGCCCUCCCAGGAGUUAGACUCGCCGGGCAGCUCUUUCCCGCAUGCUGUUUAUUUCUUGAGUUCCCAAUCAUAAACAUAAAUCUUUACAUAGCCAGAGCCAUUUGCCCAUGUGCCAGUCAUUUUUCUCAUUAUGUGAUAUUGCUUGUUGGGUACAAUUAGGCGUUUUCCUCUCCCGCUGUUCCCAAAUUCAUAACGAGCGGAUUUCUCCCCCUAAUCUGAAUCUGUUCUCAUAGCUGAAACAAAUAGUUAUGUUCAGAAUGAGGCUUCAACACAGCCCUCAUCAGCAAACUCUGGAUUUCUCUCUCCCUUUUGCCUGUCUUCUUUAAAAUGCUGUGCUUGCAUGUGUACGUGUCCAGUAUGCAUGUGUUGAAGGUCAGAACCGAUGUAUAUUUUGUAUUAUUGAAAUGUAUAUCGCCAUCGUCAUCAUGUGUCGACUGCCUCCGAGUUCUUGCCUGCCAAUAUUUGUGAUACAUGUUUGCUGAACGAAGUCUCUUGAGUUUGUAGGAACUCAUUAAACCCGGACAAAGGAC